AUGGCUGAGAAGCUGGCCCCCCCGGGGGAGCUGUUCCUGCGCAAGGGCCGGGAGUCGGUCUCCUCCCUGGACCUGGACCGCCUGACGCCAGGCGAGGCAGCAGGAGAGGAGUCCUCGGAUAGCGAAGGGGAACAGGACGGCAGCUCGCACAAGCUCAUCCGCAAAGUGUCCACCUCCGGCCAGAUGAGGACCAAGAAGAGUGUGAAGGAAGGACUCCUGUUGAAGCAGACAAGCUCCUUCCAGAGGUGGAAGAGGCGGUACUUCAAACUGCGAGGACGGACCCUCUACUACGCCAAGGAUUCUAAGUCUCUGAUCUUUGAUGAAGUGGACCUGUCAGAUGCCAGCGUAGCAGAAACCAGCACCAAGAACAUUAACAACAGCUUUACGGUUAUUACACCAUUCCGAAAACUCAUCCUCUGUGCAGAGAAUCGGAAGGAGAUGGAAGAUUGGAUUGGUGCCCUGAAGUCUGUCCAAAAAUGGGAAAUCAAUGAGGCCUCCCAGUUCAAUAUGGAGCAUUUUUCUGGCAUGCACAAUUGGUACGCCUGCUCCCACGCCCGGCCCACCUUUUGCAACGUCUGCCGGGAGGCGCUGUCUGGGGUUACCUCUCAUGGCCUCUCUUGUGAAGUUUGCAAGUUCAAAGCCCACAAACGCUGUGCUGUGAGAGCUACCAACAACUGCAAAUGGACAACUCUGGCCUCCAUCGGAAAUGACAUCAUUGAGGAUGAAGAUGGGGUGGCCAUGCCCCACCAGUGGCUGGAAGGGAACCUCCCUGUCAGUGCUCGCUGUGCUGUGUGUGACAAAACGUGUGGGAGUGUGCGGAGGCUGCAGGACUGGCGCUGUCUCUGGUGCAAAGCAAUUGUCCACAGCGCAUGCAAGGAGCAGCUGGGGAAGAAGUGCCCCCUGGGACAGUACAAAGUCUCCAUCAUCCCACCAACUGCCCUCAACAGCAUUGACUCCGACGGGUUCUGGAAGGCCACCUGCCCCUCUUCCUGUUCUAGCCCCCUGCUGGCCUUUGUCAACUCCAAGAGUGGGGACAACCAGGGAGUCAAAUUCUUGCGCAAGUUCAAGCAGUUCCUCAACCCGGCCCAAGUCUUUGACCUGAUGAAUGGGGGGCCACACUUGGGAUUGCGCCUUUUUCAGAAGUUCUCCACUUUUCGGAUCUUGGUGUGUGGCGGUGAUGGCAGUGUGGGCUGGGUGCUGUCUGAAAUCGACUCACUGGGACUACACAAGCAAUGCCAGCUUGGCGUCCUGCCACUGGGCACUGGCAAUGACCUGGCCCGGGUGCUUGGCUGGGGCAGCCUCUGUGAUGAUGACACGCAGCUGAUGCAGGUUCUGGAGAAAUUAGAGCGAGCCACCACCAAGAUGCUGGACAGGUGGAGUGUCCUGACCUAUGAGGCCCCAAAGCAGUCUCCUCCAGCCAUCAAAGAAGAAGAGAAUGAAGAUUCCAACAUCCAGGUUCAAAUUUCCCACUACGCAGACUCAGUGGCCUUCCAUCUGGCAAAGAUCCUGGAGUCCGACAAACACUCAGUGGUGAUUUCUUCAGCAAAGUUCCUCUGUGGGACGGUUAAUGACUUUGUGGCUGAGGUUGGCAGAGCCUACGAGCGGGCAGCUGACAGCAAGCAGGAAGCGGACACCAUGGCUCGAAAGUGUGCAAUGCUAAAUGAGAAGCUGGACUCCUUGGUUCGAGAGCUGAAUGAUGAAUCGCAAGCUAUUGUGGUUCCCGAAGGCACCUCGCCAGCAGCCUUGCCCAGUCCUGAAACCCCGGACAACAGCAAGGAAGGGACAUUCCAUCCCAGCCCUGUGCCUAGGAUUUUUAAGUCCAAGGAGCAGCUUAUGCUGAGGGCCAACAGCCUGAAGAAGGCCCUGCGGCAAAUCAUUGAGCAGGCUGAGAAAGCUGUGGAUGAGCAGAACAAGCAGACCCAGUCAUACAGGAGCAUCACAGUUGCCAGCAAGAAAGACAGCAAUGAGGACUUCAACAAGGAGACAGAGAAACUUAAGUCCCGUCGGGACACUGUCAUCAGCACCACUUCAUCCAUUAUCUUGGACAGACCCGACAGCUUCAGUGCAGUCCACUUUGCUGAGGACCCCAAUGCCAUACAAUUCUCCGAAAGAUGCGUCAUGAAUAAUUAUUUUGGCAUUGGCCUGGAUGCGAAGAUCUCUCUAGAAUUCAACAACAAAAGGGAUGAGCAUCCCAAAAAAUGCAGCAGCCGCACAAAGAACAUGAUGUGGUAUGGAGUUCUGGGGACAAAGGAGCUCCUUCAGAGGACCUACAAGAACCUGGAGCAACGAGUCCAGCUUGAGUGUGAUGGGGAGCCCAUUUCCUUGCCCAGCUUGCAGGGCAUUGCCGUGCUCAACAUCCCCAGUUAUGCAGGAGGCAUCAACUUCUGGGGAGGCACCAAGGAGGAUAAUAACUUUGGAGCACCCUCCUUCGAUGACAAGAAGCUGGAGGUGGUUGCUGUCUUUGGCAGCAUCCAGAUGGCAGUGUCACGGGUCAUCAACCUUCAGCACCACCGCAUUGCACAGUGCCGGAUGGUGAAGAUCACAAUUCGAGGAGAUGAGGGAGUCCCAGUGCAGGUGGAUGGGGAAGCAUGGAUCCAGCCCCCUGGCAUGAUUAAAAUCCAGCACAAGAACAGAGCUCAAAUGCUGACGAGAGACAGGGCUUUUGAGAGUACCCUCAAAUCAUGGGAGGACAAGCAGAAGGGCGAGGGCUACCGGUCCACAUCCCGCCCUCGCCUCAGUUCCCAGCAGUCCAUGGAGUACCUGACAGAGGAGGAGCUUGGUCAGAUGCAACAGCUCGCCCAAGCCACUGAAACACUCAUCAGCAGGAUCCGUGAGGCUGCCAAGACACGCAGAGCCAUAGAGCAGGAGUUGGCACAUGCCGUGAAUGGCAGCUCCCUGGCACUGAGCGAGGCCAUGCCCAACAAAAGUGGCAGCAACAGCCCUGAGGUUCUGAGUAGAAGCACAGCUGUGGACGUGUCUGUGAGCGUGAAAGCACUUUACACCGAAACUCGAGCUUUUCUGGAAGGAAAACUGCAGUUGGACUCCCCCCAGCAAGAAGAAGGGCUCCGCUGUGCCCUGAGUGCCGUUGGCCAAGAACUUCAGAAACUCUCCGAUAUUCACUGGAUGGCACCAAUCAUCAACUCUGCGGAGGAGGAGUCUUCUGGUAGCAGCAACAAAGGGAGCCUGAAAUUACGCAUCAACCUUGCUAAGCCCAAGCGGGAGAAGGAGAAAACCCAGAAGCAGAAAUCCGGCAGCAUUACACCAGUGGACAAAUGGGGCCCUGAAGAAGUGUCGACCUGGCUGGAGGCACUUGAUUUAGGGGAAUACAAAGAAAUUUUUAUGCGCCACGACAUCCAGGGCUCUGAGCUGAUCCUACUGGAAAGAAGAGACUUGAAGGAUCUUGGGAUAUCAAAAGUGGGCCAUGUGAAGAGGAUUCUCCAGGGAAUUAAAGACACUACCAGCCAGCUUUAGAUGCCAGCAGGAAGCUGCAGCUGAGCCCUCCCUCCCCUCAUCUCAACUGUGCCGCCAGUCUUGGUUUGUGGAACCCGUCACGUUGGAUCUGGACCUAGCCGGAGCCUGGGUGCCCUAGAACCCUGACCCAAGGACAGCUUCCCAUGCAUUCCAUGCAAUGAGUUUACAUUUCUGUGUUUGCCAAAUAUUGUGGCUUGGCUGUGUUUGUCCCUCAUUGCCUCCUGCUCCUUCCCCUCCCCGUAGCAAUUCUGAUGUCUUUUUUGGUUCAUGUGUCCAAGCUGCUUUAAGUGAAGCCAUUCAUUCCCAUCCAUUCCUGGUAAUUUGUUGCGGGGGGCGGGGGGGUGUUCCUUACAGCUGUUCCUGGGCUCACUAAAUUUGGUUGCUUUAGUGCUUGGCAAUGCUGUGAAACACUAUCAGAUGACAGGGAGCAACUUGGAGGCAGGUUAACAGACUGCUCCACUGGGUAGUUAAGGCCCAGAAGACCCCAACCCCACAACUAAAGGGUGAUGGGCACGCCGCAGAAGUCUCCUAGCUUCUCUGUUGAGCUGAAGCCUUGUCCUCUGCUUGGAUGUGUCCAGCCUGCAGAGAGGAAUGUAGCAGUGUGCCCUGCUGUCCAAUAAAACCAAAGGCAGUGGCAGGCUGUGGCGGCUUUCCUUGCAGGAGGAAAAGAGGGGAGUGCACCUCUGGGCCUGAGAGAGUCUCCAGGACCCUUGACAGCUCCAUAGCCAGGCAGAAAUGUAACAGUGGUCCUUGCUACUGCACUUCUAGAUGCCCUGCAGCUGUUAUUAUUUUUUAGAGUGCUUUCUGUCGGGGGUAGGCUAAGAGCCUCACCCCAGAGUUGGCAUCUCCAAGGUCUGCCAGUGCCUUCCUUAAUCUCCCUCCUAUGUCCCCCUUUCUGUUUAGAUUAAGCAUGGAGAUGACAUGGGGGGAAGGGGCCACAGUGCCCCCUCCCCUGUGAAUAAAAGAUGGUUUGCAAGGGGUUGACCCACCAUGAUAACAGCAGUAACUUGCGGUUUGGUUGGUGCUGAUCUCAAGCAAGAAAGUUGCUAGUUUUUCAUUAGACCUAUUUGGAAGCCAAGUAAGCAGCUGCAAGCUUUUGAGUUUUGCUUCUACCUGUCAUCAGCAGGUAGAAGCUAUGCUACUCAAAAACUCCUAUAGACUAACAGAAAAAGCUCUCGUCAAAAAAUCUUUUCAUGCUUGCACGGUAACUGUAUCCUAAAACCUGGGUGGGAGCAGGGGUGCUCUCAGCUUUCCAAGGUCUUUAGCAUGAGGUACAAAUGAGAAUCUGUUUUGAAAGAGUCGCGCCUGUGCCAUAUCUGCAGAAGGCACUGCCUUGGCACUAGGAUGGCUGCCCUCCCUCUCUUUUUGUGGAAACAUGGCUUCUGCCCCCAGCCUCUGUAUGACCAGUUGCAUGGCUCUCUUAGCCCCUGGAAGAGGAGAGCCAGGGAAGCACUUUCUGCUUCUUCCUGAGCUGCUUAAAUGAAAUAACUCUACCUUCCCCACUGCUUGGGGAGAAUGUAACUAGUUUGGAGAGAAAAAAAAGCUAUUUAUUUAAAGAAUUAAUAUAUAAAGCUUAAUUUAUUUUU